AUGUCCGCAGCCACCACCAGUCGAUACGCCGCAGAUACCCUCACGCGCUUGCGGAAAGCGAGUUACAGUAGCACGCAGACGCACACGCCCCCCCCACCGAGGAAAGCCUCGCUUCUAAGCCACAUCUUCGCCGCUGGGUCUGUAGUCAGGGCGCCCCACACUCAAACGCGCAGUAGUACCGGCAGUGCCCUCAAGUUCACUGUGUGCAACAAGGCGCUUACCGCAGGCACAACGAGUGCAUUGAAUGGCCGGACUGUGAGCUCGGUCGUCCCUGAAACCCCGUCAGACGCUUCAUAUGACCAACUGCAUGCUGUGUAUGACGACGGGAAAGAGCGGAGAUACACUAUGCUGAACACCCCCACGCAGAUAGCCGACGAGAAAGAGGCUCAGCGGAGACAUACAGUGACAGAGGGUUCUGGUCACAGCGGGCUUGCGUGUGAAGGCGACAGCGCUAGCUCUGCAGAUACUUUACAAAGCGCCCACACCAGCGAACUUACUGGGACGAAUAGCGGGAUGCAUACCGGGAUGCGUGCUGUGGUGGAUUCUGGGAGGGAGCCAGGUACGAGGGCGGAUGGAAAGGCGACUCACUACGCAGGUGAUGAGAUGAUGGUGAAGAGUACUGGGUAUGACGGAUGCGUUGGUAGUAUGAACAGCACAGGAGACUGUGCAGAUGUAACUAACACAUAUGCCCCAGUGCACAGUAGCAGGGACAGUUGCCCAUGGCAUAGUGAGCGAGAGCCCAACGCGUUCGGGUUGAAACGAGCGGAUCAAUCCAUGGAGAUAUACUCGAAUACGAGUGAUGAAAGUACAACCGAUUUCAGCAGCAGGACAGGGAACAAGGGCCGGAGGUGGCAGAUUGUCGCAAACGCUAAUGUCGCAAAUGUCGCAAAUGUCGACAAGAUGAAUAUACAAGGUAGAAAAUAUAGACAUAAUACGCCGAGCACUACGAACAGUAGCGGUGAACUAGAGGUUGGCGAGGGGCAGAGACAGCAUGUCAGCAGAACAAACAGCGAUAGAGGGUAUGCAAAAGAUACGGAGGAUGCCAAAGCAAAUUAUAGUAACAGUGGGUCAGGCUUACAUUUUAUAGGUCGACAAGGAUCGAGAAGAGGCAGUGUUGAUGCUAAAGAGAAUAUCGAGGGCUGUGGAUAUAGAUGGCAUGAUGCGAUACGCUCCCUGAUGGGGAGCUAUCAAGGUCACUAAUGCUGACGGGAAAAUAGUAUGCCAGCUGAUGGGAAAAUAAUACACCAAUGAUGAUAGAAUAGCAUACCCACUGAGGGAAAAUAAUCUCACUAAUGAGAAAAUAGUAUACUCACUGAUAAAAUAUUACACUCACUGAUGGGAAAAUAGUAUACCGACUGAUGGGGAUAAUAUACGCCGAUGAGAAAAUGGUCCGAUUACUGA